AUGACGAAACGCAAACCGACGCAGUACAACGCCGAGAGCGCGAACGAUGCUGAAAUUCAGCGGCUCACUGAUGAGAUUACCAUCCUGAAUGCUCAACUCGCGGCCAAGUCAAUCCACGACCAGUGGUGCCCACACUACAAGAAAGCGACCACAUCCCCCACCACAGGCCAGCCUAUCGGGCCAGAGUCUGGUCCGCCACGACUGCAGCCCUACUCAAACCCUCCCAAAGGAUGGGUAUCUAUGGUACUCAUCGACUCUCCGUUACGUAAGCCAAGAGAAAAGAAACACAAAGCAAAACAGGAGAUGGUGAGAAACUUCGCCGGGACUGAGUUACCACGGGCAACAUGCCCUAAAUAA